AUGAACGUGUUGGUUAACGAAACGAAACCAAAAUGUAAACAACACGGCAUGUUGACAAUUGACAAACCAAUCUAUUGAAGUUGACUGCUAGGCCUGACCGGCUGCCUAAAUAGAAUAAAAGAAUGGCACAACCGCAAGACUGUGUUCUCCCGAUAACAGGAGGACAAAACGAUUCAGAGAAUGAUUUACCCCUCUCCUCUAAUUUCAAGCACGUUAAAGUUAGACAUUUUGUCAUGGAGCUCAAGUGUUCUUUUCAAGAGAAACGUUUUGACGGUUCGAUAGUGCUGUUCUGUCAGUUUUCACCCAACCACAGCGAGGCGAAGGUUGCUGAUGAAUCAAUUAUCGACAGCAAAGACUCAGACUCAUGUUUCAGUCACGCAAACACACCUGACAAAGAAUGUGAAAUAAAUUUAAACCAACAACCAUUUAAUGAAUGUUUAUUAAGUAGGAAACAUCAUGAAGUCUGUCUUGAUUGUCACAGUUUAGAUGUAUCUGCUUGCUUUAAGUAUACAUUGUCAGAGAAUGAGUCGGUAAAUCUAAGUGCUAUUUUGUCAAAGUAUGCAUCUGCUAAUCUUCAGAUUCCAGCCAUUGACCUUCAGUCUUUAAAGAAGAUCCACAAUGAUUUCAAAAGGGAUACUAGCGGUAGUCGAGCUAAGAUGGCAGUGGAUUUUAGUAUGGAUACCCAUUGCUUAAAAGUUGCUCUUCCAAAGUCUUCACAUUGUGAUCAUCAUGUGGCUGUUAUUGAAAUUCAGUUCAAAACUCAGGCUGCAGGUCCUUCUUUGAUGUGGACAUUUGAUCAAUGUCAAAGAGAGUGUGUCUUCACUAUCGGCCAUCAGCUGAACAACAGGUCCCUGUUCCCUGCUCAGGACAUGCCGGAGGCGAUGGUGACGUGGCACUCGUCUGUCACUCUGGGAGACGCCACAAGUGAAGAGUACACUGUUUUGAUGACGGCUGAAUCGAACCCUUACAUUUAUCAGGACGUCAAUGGUGCAAAAGUAUUUGAACACUUCAGUAGUUUUUUGAUGCCGGCCUCAACUUUUGCUCUUGCCGUUGGCUGCUGGCAGUGUUUAGAGCUGUGUCGAUCUGAACCCUCGGCCAAUCUCCUGGAUCCCUCUUCACAUAUUGUUCCAUGUCGUCUGUUCGGCCCUGAAUCAUUGAUGGAGUCUGCUCGCAGUCAGCUGUCUUGGUACAUGCCACGGUGCUUUGAACGGGUCCAGCAUUCGCUGGGCAGGUACCCGCUGCCUCGUCUUGACAUCCUCAUUGUUCCUGCCUGCUUCAACAGUCUGGGCAUGGCCUGCCCCUGUCUCAUGUUCCUGUCCCAGUCUGUGCUGUGUCGGGACAUCAGUAUGUUUGCUCGUGUGUCCCAUGAACUGUGCCACACCUGGCUGGGCAUCAUGACAGGCCCGUCGGACUGGACAGAGGAGUGGCUGACUGAAGGUGUCUGCUGCUACCUGGAGGAUAUUCUACAUGCGUCUGUCAUGGAGUGGACUGAAGAGGAGACACAAGAACGUUUGGAGCUGAGAACUUGUCUCAAACUGCGACUGUUAGAAGCUGAAGUGGAGCACACGCCACCUGACUUACAGACCCUCAGACCCAACAAAGGCGAACCUGUCUCUGCAGACAAAGGGAAAGAAGAAGUCACCUGCUGUGUCAAGAAUGGCAUGAACUCGGAGAAGACUCUGAUGCAAGUACACUAUUUGAAGGGCUUCUUUCUUCUCAAACAUCUGGAGCAGGUAGCAGGGAGGUCAAAGUUUCUCAAGGUGCUGAAGGAUUUUAUCACUGACCACCUGGGCAUGUUGUUUUCCUCUCAGGAAUUUCUGGAGUAUCUUCUUCAAAACUGCCAGGAGUUGAGAUGUAGCGGUUUGACUGUGGCACAGCUAUGUCGUGAUUGGCUAGAUGCACCCGGGAUACCACAG